AUGAUACCAAUAGAACCAAGACUGGAUACAGUCAGCAACACAUGCCGGACGCCGCCUAGUGUACCUAUAAAUAAGGUUUUCAUCGGUCAAGAGAAAGUGUGUCCGUGUGGCUGGGUGUGUGUACUGUGUAGGGUGGUGUGGCGUGCCGUGUGGGGUAGGGUGCUGGGAGGGUGUACGGGAGGGUGCGAGGAGGGUGCAGGGGAGGGUGUAGUCACUUCGCUAAUUAACGCCGGCCGGUCGGGCGCGGCUCACUCUAUUACGGAGUGUUUAUUGUGA